AACGUUAACUCAGCGUUUGGCGCGAAGUGAUCCUCGUGCUGUUUAUCGCGAGCGGCGGCAGGUAAACAGUUAAAACGGUGAGAAAGUCCCGAUGCGGAGACUCAGCUGAUGAAAAACAACAACAGAAAACUCGAAGAAACACCAGCAAGUACACGGAGCCCGCGAGCUAAGCUGGCUAACCUGCCUCAGCGAAGACGCGGUUAGCUGUUAGCUGUUAGCUUCCCGUCAGACUCCAGCUAACAGACGGGAUCAGGGUCGAUCUGCUAGAAACUUCAUCGACCGAUUUCAGCAACUAACAACAUUUAAACACGAGGCUGAUCGAUAGUCUUGAUCAGGUCAUAGACUGGCUGGAUGCCUCACGUGCAGCUGCUAGCUGUUAACCUGCCAGAACCAGCUUUGCAGCCGAGUUGAUUUAACGCACGAUCAGCUUUUCCUUGUGACUGAACGCAGAACAAACGACCCGGUUUCUGCUGCCUCUAAGGAGUCAGGAUGAGUCUGCAGUGGACGGCGGUGGCCACCUUCCUGUACGCAGAGGUCUUCUUCGUCCUGCUGCUCUGCAUCCCCUUCAUCUCACCUAAGAGGUGGAACAAGGUCUUCAAGUCUCGGAUCAUCCAGACCAUCGCUCUCUAUGGAAACACCUACUUCAUGGUGGCCCUCGCCAUCCUCGUCUUCCUGCUCAUCGAUGCUUUCCGUGAGGUGAGGAAGUACAGCGUGUCGGAGAAGGUGGAUCUGACCAACAACCCCACGGCCAUCGAACACAUCCACAUGAAGCUGUUCAGAGCUCAGAGGAACGAGUACAUCGCCGGCUUCGCCCUGCUGCUCUGCCUGUUGCUGCGUCGCCUCACCACGCUGCUCUCCCAGCAGGCAUCACUCAUGGCCUCCAACGAAGCCUUCAAGAAGCAGGCGGAGGGCGCCAGCGCCGCCGCCAAGAAAUACAUGGAGGACAACGAGCUGCUGCAAGAGAAACUCCGUGACGCCGGGCUGGAAGUGCCGGAGGGCGAGAAGAAGGGAGCGGGACCCCAGGAGCAGAACAAGAUUCUGAAGGAGGAGGUGAAGACCCUGAAGGAGGAGCUGGAGGCCACCAAGAAAGCUCUGCAGAAGUCGGACAGCGACGUUCGUGCGAUGAAGAAACAGGCUGAGAAUCUGACGGUGGAGUACGACAGGCUGCUGGACGAGCACAGCAAGCUGCUGGUAACACGCACGCGCGCACACACACACACCUGCGUAACGCCAGACGCUGUGUCGUCAUCAGUUUGGGAUUUCAGCGUCGGAGGGUUAGGGGGUCAGAACAUCAUCAAAUUAUCAUUAGGUGCGUUUAACUUCAUGCGGCGCUGACUUAACGUGAUGCAU